AUGAGCAAAAGAAAAGUUAGAUCAUUGAGUGAAAAUGGACUGUUAUCCAAAUUGAAGCUGAGGCAGAAGAGAAAUAAGUCUAAAGGCAGCCCUUCCAGUUCAGAUAAAAACAAUACUACAGUAUCUAGAUCAUCCCUAUCGACAAAGAAGUCAAGUAAAAAUCGGAAGGAGGUUGCAAAGAGAAGAAUAUUGAGUGAUCUUCCAGCUAACGCCUCUAGUUCGAAUCAUAUCGAGCUUCCUGAAAUUGUGUCAAUCAAGAGUGCUGGAAGAGGUAAAAGUACGAUAAGUUCCGAUGGUAUUGAGGACACUGAAAGUGAAGCUGAAUUGUCUUUUAAACCAAGACGAUCCUUACAAAACUCGACUGGUGGUAUCAAGAGGAAGACAGGGCAUCAUGGUUACUUUAACAUUCCUGUUACACUGGACAAUCAAUCGACUAAGAGUAAAGUUGCCUCUCGACAGAGGAGUGAAGACGCUUCUACUAAAGAUGUUGCACAUUUGAACAUUCAGCGGACUCCGUCCACUAUAGAUAAGAGUGUGGGUAGUCCAUCGACGAGUAUUUUCGGUACAAUCAUGUCCAUUGCACAUAAUGCAGUUUCUCAUGUGCCAAAAAUUACAGUCAAUGAAUCCAAUGGGUUAGACAAACAAUUUUCCACAGGAAGCGAUGAAGACUCCCAUAUUGUAGCAAAUAGUACACUCUCAGACAUCAAUGAUGCUAAUAAUGAUACAGUGCUCCAUUCAACUCUUCCGACAAGAAGCGCAUCCUUUUUGAGGCAUUUGGAUCAUUUAUUGUCAGUUAGUAAUCAGUCACCAUCAGGUCAAUUUUCAACGACAUCUGAGGCGGAAACAAAUCAAUAUAGUGCAACUAAUGUUAGUGCACCCACAAUGACAGAAUCCAAAGUUUCAAUCGAUGAUUUAGCCUCAGUUUCCUCGCAGCUUCCUCAAAGUCCUGUUACUAAAGUCAAAUUCCAAUCAGUUUCUACGCAGCCUCCUGCUGUCACAACCUUGGGUAACGGUAACCUUUCUUUAGACAUAUUUGGAAACGGCUCUAAUGUGGAUGACUCUUCCAUAAACGAUGAAGCCUUAUCUUCAAGAAAAAAUACAAUUAUUUCAAGUAAUCAUCAUUUAAAUUCUUUACUCAGCUUACAGGAAAAAGAUCAUAGUAAAUUAUCAUUGGCGGAUCGUAUUGAAGGAGAUGAUGUAAAGACCAAAAGUAUCUUAGAGUCAAAGGGAAACCGUACUUUGGAGAAUGUCUUAACUAGUUCUCGGGCCAGAAGUAAGACGCUUCCUGUAAACCAAAAAGUAAUAAUAAAGAAUCAAGAUGACAAAAGAAAUUCUAGAUAUUCGUCAGUUUCUAAUGAUGAGGCAUUAGAUAUGGAAAACCGUGCAAACGAAAGAAAAAGUAGAAGCAUGUCAAAGAAUAUUCUCAAUAGAAGAUCAUUUUCACCGACUAAUUUGGGCCUAAAAGUCAUUCCCAACAUUUCCUUCAGAAAUUCUAUUUCCAAGACCAGAAACAGCAAUGAACAAGGCACUAAUAUUCCAUCAAUUAGUUUCGUGACUAGUAACAAUAACGUCAGCACCAAUGCAGCUGCCUUAAAUAAUGAUGAUGCCUCAAGAAGUGCCACAGAUACUAUUUUAUCUGACGGCCUAGAUCGAGAUAUAGAUAUUGAUGAUGAAAGUUUUACAGAAUUAGAAGGAAUUGAAUAUGCUAGUGAAAAGAAGAAUGCAGAAUUUCAUAACCUAUUUAAAGACACCGGGUUGGGUCCAAAUGAAAAACUUAUAAUUGACCAUAGUUGUGCCUUAUCAAGAGAUAUCCUUCUGCAAGGUCGGAUGUAUAUCUCAAACCAGCAUAUAUGCUUCUACUCAAAUAUAUUAGGUUGGGUCAGUACUGUAUUUAUACCAUUCAAGGAAAUCGUCCAGAUUGAGAAAAAGACUACAGCUGGUAUUUUCCCAAAUGGUAUCGUUAUCGACACAUUGCAUACGAAGUAUAUUUUCGCUUCAUUUAUUUCAAGAGAUUCCACUUUUGAUUUGAUUACGGACGUUUGGAAUCAAAUUAUUUUAGGGAAGAGUUUUAAAAGUCGUGAUAAUGGUGACUUCCAAGGAGGCUAUUCGAGUGAUAGUGAUAUCAGUAAUCUAAGUGAAUUUUAUGACGAUAUUGAUAAUAACGACUCUGAUACCGAAAUGACGAGUAGUGAUGAUCUAGAUGAUGAUGGCUUUUCAGCACUUCCUGCUUCUAAAAAUUCUAAAUCAAGUGCUGGCGCAAAAUUUGGUCCUUCCAAACAUGCACCAACAGAGGCAAAUUACAAACUUAAGGAUAAGGAGAAGCUUGUCAGUGAAACGAUUAUCGACGCCCCAUUGGGUACUGUGGCGCACAUACUCUAUGGAGACGACACGACUAUGUUAUAUGAUAUAAUAACUGCUCAAAAAAAUUUUGAUAUUUCCUCUCUUUCUCCUUUGAUUGGCAGUAACACUAGAGUCUUUACCUAUUAUAAGCCUAUCAGUUUUGGUUUUGGUCCUAGUAAAACUAAAUGUCAUAUAUCAGAAACACUAGAACAUUAUGAUUUAAAUGAAUAUGUUGAGGUAAGUCAAGUUUCAAGAACUCCAGAUGUACCCUCGGGUGGAUCUUUUAGCAUCAACACUUCAACUGUUUUGACUUGGGAUAAGAAUAAUACAACAAAAGUGACUGUAUAUUUUUUGGUGAACUGGACGGCUAAAAGUUGGAUAAAGGGUGCUAUCGAAAAGGCAUCUUAUGACGGGGUCAUUGACACCACCAAAGUGAUGAAUAAUGAAAUUUCAACUUUUGUAAAGGAGAAAAGGGUUGAAUGGAAGCCAAGUAAGGAAGGCUCUGUUAAGGGACCUGCAAAGCAGAAUCAUGAAGAAGAGUAUGAAUCAACAGGAUUACCAACGUUGGGACCAGCUGUUCAUGCUCCAACAAAGGUGCCUUUUAAGAAAGAAAAGGAUGAUGUUAUUAUCCAACCUGGAACCAAUAUUGCUGCUCCUCUUGGUACAGUUUUCCAAUUACUGUACGGUGAUGAUACUUCUUUCAUGAGAAAGGUUCUAGAGAAUCAGGAUAAUGUUGAUAUCUCAGAAAUACCAAAAUUUAUUAAUAAUGAAAGGUCUUUUAACUACAUUAAAAACCUAAAUGCCUCAAUAGGCCCUAAGCAAACAAAGUGUAUUGUAACUGAGAAGAUCGAACAUUUGGAUACAAAUGAUUACAUCGCUGUUAGGAAUAUAACUAAAUCACCGGAUGUGCCUUAUGGAAAUAGCUUUUCUGUUCACACGAGAACUUAUCUAUCCUGGGCCGAAGAUAAUUCCACAAAUAUGAUGGUAGUAAGUAAUAUACCAUGGACUGGAAAGUCUAUUCUAAGAGGACCUAUCGAAAGAGGAACAAUUGAAGGCCAAAAAGUUGCUAAUGGAAAAAUUCUUGGGCAGAUAAAAGACGUGAUUGCUAACUCUUAUUCAAUGAAGAAAAAAACUACAAAGAAACGUCAGAGCAAAGCUAAAACUAAUAAAGUAAAGGCUCUGGAAGUCUCUACUCGUCAGGAUGCUGAGGUCACCCAAGCUUCUUCUAUUUCCCCAAUCUUGGACAUUAUUGGAGUUGACUCCAUAAAAAAAGUUUUUGCUGUAUUCUUCUCUCUCUUUCUUUUAUUCAUGCUUUAUAGAUUCAUAUUCCAUUCGAGUAGGGGACCAAACGUUGAAAUUAUUAGACCUGGAAGGGUUGUCAUAGAUGGUAAUGAAUACAAUUAUGUUCCUAACAUCAAAACUCUAUAUCAAGUUUACGAAGAUGAUGUUAGGAAAAAUAAGAAUAGUAAAGAGAAUUUACCAAACAUAGUUACUGAAACAGAGGAUGUAAUUUGGGACUGGUUGGAUAAUCGCGGUGAUGGAUUACUCAAACACAGCCGGUUAUUCCCUAAAGAAGAAACAUCUGCCGCAAAUGUUAAAUCACGUAGGAUUCAGCAGCUGAUUGAUUCUAUACAAAUAACAGAAAUGCAGCUUGAUGAGAUGAAAAAAAUGUUAGCAUCUAUAGGAGAGCAAAGUUGA